AGCUAGAUCAAUCUAUCAGCCUCCGGUGCGUGUCAGCCGCCGUCACAUCUACKGUGGAAGCUGGCAAGGCAGGGUCCGAUGGUUGUUUUGAAAAAGUUCGGAGUGCGGUUUAUCGGUGUACGGUACAUCGCAUUUAGGGUAUAAGCAUWGCAUUUCGAAUAUCCUUUCCAGCAACUGCAGAGGGGGGUCUUCGACCAGAGUUCGGCUGCAAUGCAAGAGGCUGCGCAUCGUGCGAACGCACCGGGAGUUCUGGCAUGGCACGGAUGAACACUGUUACGUAGACAASCCUGUCCGCUCGGGAAGAACGUCAUCCRCAAGAAACGAUCGAAAGAGUGGAGAAGGACACUGUUGCUUCCAGGGCGAGCCAAACGGUCGAGGGCACGCGGCCCAAGAACCGGCACGAAAGAAGCCGCAAUGGAACGGUGCGCCGUGAAGRGGAUGCUACCGAAUCCGAWAGGUACMAAAAACAGUGGGAACAAAGGCGUGGAUCGGCGUGAGGAUUGCAUCGGUUCAACGAMAGAAAAUGGACAAUGAAACCGCAAAGAAGACAAAGGAGAAAAGCAAAGGCGGUGUUCCGCAGAGUCAGUCCAAAGAGAAAGAUCAAACGAGUUCAACUGCCUCCGGAAGCAGGGACAAAAAUAGAAAAAGAAUUCUCCAACGAUCAGAUGUUGAAAAGGAAAGAGUGAUUGCUCCAUAAGUGCCAUUCKGACCGAGGUAGGCACUCUCUGCGUUUGAAAUCGAAAUCUCAAACAAUCAGCAGMGGUCCWUUGGCAACUGUUUCUGCUUCCCUCCCGUUUAUCAUGACCGGAAGCAGCUUUACCGCCAGAGGAUUUCCCCGAUUCGAGACGUUUCGUUGCACAGGGUUCACACAAUCGAAACCCGCAAUCUACCAAGAGUUUCGGCACGUUCUGCCCUUGUCCUAUCCACUGCGCUGUCCGGAUGCUCCGGUGAGUUCUGUUCUUGCAGGGGCGCAUGGAUCGCCGGCAAGAGAUUUGCCAGCGGACGACGCAAGCACCCGAUGAUUGCCCACCAGCGCAGCUGCAGCGCGGAACACAUGCGCCAAAAAUUGCGUUYCGAGUGUCUCGCAGAGUCCCAUCGUCGGACUUGCACGAGAUGGCUAACACAGAGGUGAGCGAUCGAUCGAUCGGAGGGUAUGUUCCACAACCAUUCCAUGUCCUAUCGUCUUCAAGUUUCGAAAAAGAUCGAGAGAAGAGUUGAAGAGACACUCUUUGGAACAACUCCGCAAUCAAGAGGUAAUCCAAGCCUCUCUCACGACGACACGAAGAAUCCUGCUCGUGCAGUAUCUGAUUUCUGUUUCGUGGCAAGGUCACAUKACUCUAGAUCACGUCAAAGAGUCGUGAUGCAUCACUGUCUAUCUGUGCUCUGGCUCACACCCAACUAACUAGCUAAUCAAACAAMCACCUCAGC